UGUCACUCUGAAGAGCCUCUGUCAGCACACAGCUGGGGGGCCACAGAGGCGUGGGGGCACCGAACGCCAUGGCCACCGUCUGCAGGAGGCUGAUCCUCGCGUGGCUGCUGACUCACGGCGCCGCCACCGCGACGACGACCGGCCACGCCAACGGCUCCUGGCCCACCGUGACGGGACCGCCGGCCACGCCCGGCUGGGCCUCCAAUGGUGGUCACGUGACUCGAGAGGACAGCAGCAGCCCGCCACCAACAACCGACCUGACGGCAUUUACCACGACAUCAACACGCUCCACCGGGCCCCCACCCGCCAGCUCCCCGGGGGGCGCAAGGUCCACGAGGGGGACGCCGCUCAACUUCAUGACAGCAGCCGGCGAACCGAGCACGACCACAAGGGCACCACCAGCCCGCUCCACCCGACCCGGCCCAGCCCCAACCAGCUCCACCCGGACCGGCCGAGCCCUAACCAGCUCCACCCGGACCGGCCCAGCCCAAACCAGCGCCACCCGGACUGGCCCACCUCUAACCAGCGCCACCCGACCCGUCCCAGCCCCAACCAGCUCCACCCGACCCGUCCCAGCCCAAACCAGCUCCACCCAACCCGUCCCAGCCCAAACCAGCGCCACCCGGACUGGCCCACCUCUAACCAGCUCCACCCGACCCGUCCCAGCCCAAACCAGCUCCACCCAACCCGUCCCAGCCCAAACCAGCGCCACCCGGACUGGCCCACCCCUAACCAGCGCCACCCGACCCGUCCCAGCCCUAACCAGCGCCACCCGACCCGUCCCAGCCCAAACCAGCUCCACCCAACCCGUCCCAGCCCAAACCAGCGCCACCCGGACUGGCCCACCCCUAACCAGCGCCACCCGACCCGACCCAGCCCCAACCAGCUCCACCCGACCCGUCCCAGCCCAAACCAGCUCCACCCGACCCGUCCCACCCCUAACUCGCCCCCCCCGGACCGGCCCACCCCCAACCCGCUCCCCCUCAAACCACAGCCAGGUGGUGGCGGGGCUGAUCGGCGGCGCCCUGCUGGGGAUGAUGGUGGGGUUCCUGCUCAUCUACCUAAAGAAGCGGCAGCUUCAGAAGCAGCAGGUGACCACGGCCGACUGGGCCGGCCCCUCGCCGUUCCUGGAGGGCGGCAGCCAGGCGCCCCUCAGGGCGCCAGAGCGCAUCUCGCUCUCCGGCUUCCUGUCUCAGCCCGACACAGAGAUGGAGCACAUGGCGGCGGGCAGCACGUUCGGUGGCGCCGCCAAGGAGACGGCGAGCAACGGAGACAGCGUGAAGGCGACGGAGGCCUCUGCCUCUCCGACCGAUGGGCUGCCGCGGCAUCAGUAGAAUCAUGGCAUCAUGAGUCAUGUGACGUGCUCGGGGGGGUAAAGUCUUCUAUUAAUGAACGUCUGCUCUCUGUGACUCAAACCAUUCAUUCAGUUAACGUGAGAGUUAGAGAAAAGUCCUCCAGUGAAUAAAGUAGCGUAUAAAAUACAUAUGAACACUUGCGUUGUAGUAUAAUAAUAAUAAAUGUGUGUUGCUAUGGAGAACUAAAGCAGCAGAACUUGUGCUAACUCACUUCCUCCUUAAGAUCUGAAGCGCCGUGAAAUGAGGAACGUGUGUCCACAUCCGCUUCAGGCUCACCAGCUUCUAUUCUGUGGCUUCCUGUUUCGAUUUCCAGUUUGUGGUCGUCGAGUUAUAUCCAAAUUAUGAUUUACAUCAAACACACACACUCUGUGGUCUGUACCUCCUUCCACCGUGUAUUUAACGUGUUUUGUUGAGCUAUACUUGUAUUUGUUGGUUUAUUACAUGUAAACGUACUGUCUGAUGCCACAAUAAAAACAACCUACUUCCACAUUUCAAA